AUGCCGAGUGAUGAUAAGUUCAGUGACCCCAAGAAUGAGCCUAAGAUCUGUGACCCCAGAUGUGAACAAAAGUGUGACGCCAAAUGCCACCCCAGCUGUCUAAGGAAGUUAUUGCAACUCUGCUCUCACAAGUGUCCAUGGGAAAAGUGCCCACCACCACCCAACUGUCCCCCAUGUCCCCCGUGUCCCCCGUCACUAUGCCAAGAAGCAAUCCUUGGCAAUGAGAUCUUCCAGGACCCCACAGCCUCUGCCUGGCACUUAGAGAUUGCCAAACCCUGCUAG